GAGGUAACGAGACAUCUCGAAGCAUGCCUGUGAUAAUCAGAGCAAGAUUUAAUUGAAUACACAUCGGGAGCCAAAUCAAACGAUGGCCACUAUGAAACUAAGCUAUUUUACAAGUUUCCGUCUAGAUAAUUCAGCUUCAUACUGUCGUUCUUCUCCGUCUAGGAAAAAUAUAAGACUCUUACCAUGCUCUAAAAUAUUCUCCCCUUCACUGAACCGCCUUCAGAAAUCCUCACUUGUUUUAUUAAGAAAAGACACCCACAGCGGAAGAGUAUUGGCAGCAAUGGCAACUGGGAGUUUGCAAGAGGUUCUUCCUCCAGAACUCGGGUCUAGUUCAGACCCGCCUCCAAUCUUUGAUGGAAAAACAAGGUUGUAUAUCUCCUACAUAUGCCCUUAUGCGCAGCGCGUUUGGAUUGCCCGGAACUGUAAGGGUUUGCAGGACAAGAUAGAAUUGGUCGCCAUUGAUCUGGAAGAUAGACCUGCUUGGUACAAAGAGAAAGUCUAUCCACCCAACAAGGUGCCAUCAUUGGAACAUAACAAUAAAGUCCUAGGGGAGAGUCUUGAUUUGAUUAAAUAUAUUGACAAACACUUUGAAGGCCCUUCAUUGCUCCCUGAUGAUCCUGCUAAAAAAGUCUUUGCUGAAGAGUUGCUGUCGUACUCCGAUUCAUUUAACGGAGCUGUGAUUUUUUCACUCAAGGGAGAUAUGACUGAAGCUUGUGCUGCAUUUGAUUACCUUGAGAAGGCUCUUUCCAAAUUCAACGACGGACCCUUUUUCCUCGGCCAAUUUAGCCUGGUAGAUAUAGCUUACGCUCCAUUCAUUGAAAGAUUUGAGCCUCUCUUGUUGGAUGUAAAAAAGCAUGACAUCAACAAUGGAAGGCCUGAAUUGGCAGCUUGGUAUCAGGAGAUGAGAAAGAUUGAGGCUUACAAUCAAACCCUGCGUGAUCCAGUGGAGCUUGUUGAAGUGCUCAAGAGAAAAUUCAUGGCUUAGCUCUUGAACCACAGUUUCAGGUAUUCAAGUCUACUUGAUCCAAGCAAUUUAUACUUUAAAAGAGGAUAAAAGAUUCUGAGCAUCUGCUGAAACAAUGGUAAAACCUGCUCUACAAAUAAUUAGGGUUUUGCAGUCUAAAAGAACAAACCAAAAGCAUCAAACAUACUGAGAAUAACCUUUAAUUCAGUGAUGUUUGUGUAAUCACAAGUGUGGCACACUAUCAGACGGACGAGGGCAAUAAACUGAAGA